AUGGCUGCUGCUGUUGGAGAAAAUACGGCCGAAAUAAAUGGUUUAAAACGCAAAGCUGACAUGCAGAUGAUGCACUGUACCGUGUGUAACAUAUUCUUAAACUCAAGCUCACAAGCAGAUGCUCAUUUUACCGGAAAGAGCCACAAGAACAAGGCUAAAAGCCGUGGUUUGGAGGUAGGUGUACUACGUUGCCCGUUUUCAAUACAAUGCGUUGCCAGUUUCCGGACAGUGCUAUUUGUUUUCAAUAUUACGGAAUAAUAACAUAACUAUAUUUUAAAAUAAGAUAGUAUAGAAUAGUGAUUGUCAUUUGUAUAAACAGCCUCAACCUUCAAGCAAUUUCCAGUGGUAAAAUAUAGAGUAGGAAUUGUUCACUAUUAUUUACAUCGUAGAAAUUUAACUUUAGAAGUAAAAGCAGUUUUGUAUGAAAGAGGUUUUUACUAUAAAAUGUUGUUGUAUAAAUUGGCAGCGGCCGGUCGCCGGUGUUUAGUUUAUGUCUGUCAACAAAAUAAAAAAACAAUUUAUUUACAUGUGCAUUGAGUAAUCUUAUCUUUCAUUCACAAAACACAGCCUUUUCUAUUCACAGACAAUUAUGUGUGUCACAAGCUAAUAUCGGGUCAGAAAUAGACAGCAAGCCACUGGAUAGUAUUUGGAGAUGAGUUUAUUUAAUUCUGUAUACGAAUGUUUUUAGGUUUAACAUACAAAGGAGACGUUUCACGUUUUGGUAAUUUAUAAAUAACCAAAAACAUUUGCAAUCCAAAUUUGUAACAAAGCAAAUCUUUUAACACAUGAAUACAGUAAUCAAUCUGCAAAUAGCAACACAGAUUAUUUUAAAACCACAUGUGAACAGUCACCACCUCACCACAUGCUUUUGGUACCAAAAUAUUAACGCUAUAUAUCGCUUAUGAAAAACGGCCUAUCGGUGCCUAUAGGAAAUGUUCCAAUUCCCCAUAGAAGGCUUUAGGCUUUUUAUGUAUGUCUUUUGCCAUAUUAUUCAACAUUAUUGAUUGAAUACUACAAAGGUUAAUAUUGAAAAUUGUUGAGGUCAAUGGAUCAAUUCAGGGACGUAACUAGCGAUAUAUGGUUGGGGGGGGGAGGGGGUGAACUGAAAAGUUUGGGCCCCCUUCCUUUUGGGAGCCCCCUCAAAAAAAUUUUCCGGAAAAUGUUGACGAAAUUGGUCUCCCUUCACUGUCCUUUGUCCACACCCCCCAGUAGUUCCGGUGCUGGAUCAAUAGACAAUUAGGCAACUGGGGAUGCAAAUAGAACACCACAGCUAGAAAUAGCAUACUAAAAUGAGUAAAAUUGCAAAGUUUGGUUGCGAAAUGUUGUAAAAUGCAGAAAAUAUAGCCUUGCAAAGUUUGCAAAUUUUAUAUACUUUUGUAUUGCGUGCGGAAAUUGCUACCAUUUUCGGCCCAAAUGUGGUAGCAAUUUCCGCACGCAAUACAAAAGUAUACAAAAUUUGCAAACUUUACAAGGCUACGUUUUCCGCAUUUUACAACAUUUCGCAACCAAACUUUGCAAUUUUACUCAUUGUAGUAUGCUCUUUCCGGGAAUAUACUUUUUUUGACAAGAUAAAAAGUCUAUAAUGGAAUUGUCUAUUGGAAUAAUCCCAUAGAACAUCAACAUAUGUGAAGUUAUAACAGGGAUUAAGCCAAUUACUGCACUAAUUAAUUAAAACCAAAUGGUUAUGCAACACAAAUGAUUUAACUGGCAUUAAAAGUGUAGAAGAUUUUAUGUAAAACAUAGUGAUUUUAAGUGAUGUAAUUAUGAGUAAAAUAACAUCAUGAAAACUGUGGAUUCAUAUGGAUAUAGCUAUCUGAAAAAUACAAGCAGAACCUCAAUGUUUUGAGUGUCCUUCGGGGGAAAAUAAAUGGAUUAUAUUUGUCAAUUAUAUAAUUACCAAGAAGUGGUUAAAUUAAUGAAAUUAUAUUGGCUAUGACAGAUGUGAUUCAUCUGAUGAAAAUUGUACUAGUGAUCUAAUUUUGACUUCCAAGUCAAGCAAGGAAGAAAAGCCCAAAUUUAUUAUGAAACAUGGUCUGGAAAUUUUAAUUUUUUUCAGUAACCCACUGGGGUACCAGGAUUCUAAGUUCUAGUAUAUCCCAUCUGAGAACCCAGUAUCUUGCACUUCUUUGGUACUGGUUACCAUAAAUUUUGGCAUUCCUGAACCAUCAAAGGAAAUAUGUUUACAGUAAAUACUAGAGGUGAGCCGAUCAUCGGCAAAACCGAUUAAUCGGCUUGUUUUUUCACAAUCGGCCGAUUGUCAUUGGCCAUCGGCCGAUUGUCUUCCACCAUUUGUAUGGUCAGCGGUGUAAUAAAAAAAAUGAAAUUCAAAUGUGGAAACACUAUGUUUACCGAUUUCCUGCGUUUUUUCAUAGUAGUUUUCUCACUUCAUUGGCAUUUCUGCAAGAUUUAUAUUAAUUAAAUUAUCGUGUUCCGUAACUUCCGUUGACCAGUCAGUAGCACGCUGUGGAUUUCAGAAUCAGUGUUAAAAAUGUCGCUUCCUGUUUCUGCAUGUUUUGAGUCUUUUGACGAGAGGAUACAUUAGUAAAAAAAAAAUUAAGAUGACCAUCGGUUUUGCCGAUUAAUCGGCCGAUGGUGGGUAAAUAUCGGCUGUUAACAAUCGGUAUCGGUAAUCGGCUUUUUCUAGACAUCGGCUCACCUCUAGUAAAUACCUGUCAUUGUCAUAAAAAAUACAACAACAACAGGAGACUCGACAGUCAACAACUAGACCACCACGUUGGAAAUCAAAGGUUAUCUUCAGGAAGGUAGCCUGAAAUGUCAGGUGACAUUUCAGGCUAUCAGGAAGGCAGAUUCAUACUAUUCAAAGCUAUUUGGCAGGGCAGCAAAAAAUAAUUUUCUUCCUGGGAGCACAACCUGGAGAAAAAAUUUCCUGUAGACCAACAGAGAAUUUUUGUGCUGAAUCUGCAUGAGCAUAUUAUAUGUGCUGAAUCUGCAUGAGCAUAUUAUAUGUUAUAGUGGUUCUAGCUGGAAUAAUGUCUGUCAAAGAAUAAUGUCUGUCAACCAUAUGUUGUGUCCAUAGUGCGAGUUUCCUUCAAAUUUUCAAUAGCAAAUCUUCAUUCAAACAAAUUUCCUGCGAGCAGUGCUCGCGUGCUCACCUAUUUUUUCCACCCCAGCUAUUUGGAGACAAGUCAUUUAGCAUUAUCCUAAUGUUUGAAAUUUUGUAAUAUCUACAUGUAGUUGGGAUAUACAAGUUGUUCACAGUUUGGUAUCCAAAACCAAAUUAAGUAUCUUGUGGAUAUCGGGAUGCUGCAAAUUUCAGACCCUUCAAAACAGAUGCAUGACUCUUUGAUUGAGGCAUAUUAAAUGUCGUAUGACAUUAGACAGAGUAAAGAAAUACAGAAUGUUGUUGCAAAAUCAUAUGGCAUUUGGCACAUUGAAAUAAUAAAUUCACAGGAAAAAAUUCUAAAUUUCCAGUAAUGGUUUUUGAAUGGUUUUAAAGAUUUCCCAUAUAUGAUGUUUAAUAUUUACCAUUAAUCGUACUUUCCUGGUAAAUGUUAAGCGUCAUGGUUUUUACUAAUUUACAAUAUGGGCAAUCUAUAAUUAAACCAAUAAUAGUAAGAUUUUAGUUUUUACAUUCAAAAAUCCAUUAACUCAUUGAGCCACAAUGCACCCCAGUGUGCUCUACUUACUUUUUUUACUUGGCCAUGACAGACUUUUCUACCUGGCCAACUCAGACAAUUUUACUCGUCAAUGGGGAAGCUCUGCAGCUUAAUGGGUUAAACAGAAAUGUGCCCUACUUUAUUCUUUUACUCUGUCUAAUGCCAGACAAUUUUACUCGUCAAGGAGAGAGUCUUGCACUCUAAUGGGUUAAUCAAACAUUCUGCCAAGUUAAUGUGUCUUGUUAACCCAUCAAGCUGCAAUGUGCCCAAAUGUGCCUUAAGGCCAUGUUACACGGUGCAAUUCUUCUUGCAACUUAAUUGCAAUGCAAUUCUACUCUUGAGAGAUGUAAAAUUGCCAAGUACGCGUCUUCAUUGCACUCCGCUGAUGUUUUUUCAACAUAUCGAAAAUUCUUCAUUGAUUUCACUGAUUAACAUCUCUCAAGAGUAGAACUGCAUUACAAGUUGCAAGAAAAAUUGCACUGUGUAACAUGGCCUUUACUUUAUUCUUUUAAUUUGUCUAACACCAGACAAUUUUGUACUCGUCAAGGAGAGAGUCUUACACUCUAAUGGGUUAAUAGAAACCUAAAUCUUCCCUGUCAAAGGAGAGAGUAGUUACUAGGUUAGUAACUCCAAACGAAGGACCUGAAAACGUCGAAAUUCUCCUUAUAUUUUACAGGUAGUUGCAUCCCAACCAGUGAUAAGCUUGUUAACAUUUGUCAACCAUGCCGUACCCAGUACCCUCCAAUUCACCUGAUACUUGUUUUCAAUUCCAGGGUAGUACAGCCACAGACACACCUACUUGGACCGAAGUGACGGAACACUCUCAAUUCUAUAAAUGUGACGUUUGUCAAAAAAUUUUCAACUCGUCGAUACAACUGCAGGAUCACAUGCACGGCAAAGCUCACCAGCAGAUGGCUCAAAAGAAACUUGAAACUAACCCUGACAUUUCAAAUACAGAAACAUUGAACCCUGGGGAUUUGAACCUAGAAACUAUGAACCCAGGUACUUUCAUCCCAGGAACUUUAAGCCCCAAAACUGAGACAACAGAAACAGAACCAAUGGUCAUGCAGCAUACCACAAAUGAGCCAUCUCAACCAGUUAAUCAGGUUACAAAUGUGGGUAAAAACUUGUCUUACCUGUUCCACUGUGAAAGGUGUAAUAUAACACUGAAUUCAGAGAAACAAAUGCAACAGCAUAAUAAAGGAUUACGACAUAAGAUUAUCGUCGGGAAAGCAGAACCUCCUGCA